AUGUUCUCUUCCUCUUCCCCUUCUAUAGUAGUAAGUAGUAACAGACCCUCUAUAUAUUUAGACUCUCUAAAACAAUUACUAGUGUUCACCUCGUACCAGCCUCACUCACAUUCUCUCAGGUUUUAUCCUCUCUCGAAAAAGAUUUUUAGCAAAGAUGACGAAGAACUACCCAACAGUGAGCGAAGACUACAAGAAGGCUAUUGAGAAGUGCAGGAGGAAGCUCAGAGGCUUGAUAGCUGAGAAGCACUGCGCACCUAUCAUGGUCCGCCUCGCAUGGCACUCUGCUGGAACAUUUGAUUGUGUCACAAAGACUGGUGGUCCCUUCGGAACAAUGAGGUUUACCGAUGAGCAAGCUCAUGAGGCCAACAGUGGUAUCCAGAUUGCUCUUGGGUUGUUGGACCCCGUCAGGGUCCAGUUCCCUACCAUCUCCUUUGCUGAUUUCCAUCAGCUUGCUGGUGUUGUGGCCGUUGAAGUCACUGGUGGACCUGAAAUUCAAUUCCACCCUGGAAGAGAGGACAAGCCCCAGCCACCUCCAGAGGGUCGUCUUCCUGAUGCUACAAAGGGUUGUAACCACUUGAGAGACGUCUUUGCAAAGCAGAUGGGUUUGACUGACAAUGACAUCGUCGCUUUAUCUGGUGCCCACACUCUGGGGAAAUGCCACAAGGAUAGGUCUGGCUUUGAAGGUGCUUGGACUUCAAACCCUCUUAUUUUCGACAACUCUUACUUCAAGGAACUCUUGAGCGGUGAGAAGGAAGGUCUUAUUCAACUUGUCUCUGACAAGGCGCUAUUGGACGAUCCCACUUUCCGUUCUUUGGUUGAGAAAUACGCUGCUGAUGAGGACGCCUUUUUCUCUGAUUACGCUUUGGCCCACUUGAAGCUUUCUGAGCUCGGGUUUGCUGAUGCUUGAGCUGUGACAUGUGUGUGUCUCCCAAGACUUAGAGAGCUGCUUUAAUUUGAGGGUCUGGGAUUUGCAUUGCAUUUGAACUUUGCCAUUUGAUUGCUUAAUGUAAUCUCGGAUUUGCGUAGGGUUUUCUUUUGUUGGGCGUCUUAUGAUUUUCAAGUUGAUACGUUUUGCUUUUGCUGGUUAGACAUUCAAAUAAAUCAAAUUUUUUGCACUAUAUUUUAUUCUUUUCUUA